AUGAUUCCCAGUAGCAAUGAAAAGCAAAAGUCUACAUGCAAGCCAAUUGUAACAACCCGACUACCAGGCCCUUUUAUGCCUCCAAAGAAGCAAAACCACCACAAAGCUUAUGACGACAUGGCUGAAAUCGAAGAAUACAAAAAAAUUCAGAAAUUGCUUUCACCUCUAAAACUAGGUCCCAAAGAAAGGUCAAACCUAACCCGAGUCCUCAAGCAGCUAGAGCGAAUGCCAAGCAACCUUGACAACGACAAGCUAUUUGAGCCAUUAGCCAAAAUGCAGAACCAAACCCAUGCGAUAUUACCACAAUGCCAAGUUCAGUUAGAAGAAAUGAUUACAUUAUCUCAAUUCCCAAGCAGAUCACUUAAGGGAUUUGUCAGGAAAGUUUUGCAUGCACCUACACUUGGCUUGUAUAUAAUUAAACAAAUUCCAAUAAAUACCCGAGACGAAAGAUCACACCUCAGAGAAUGGAUUUCAAAAUGGCAAAAAUAUCAGAAAAAAUGUAAAUACCUGACAGAAAUAAAUGCGACGUUCUGGAACUCUCCUGAAGGCUGUGUAAGUAUUGUCGCUGAGUACACACAAAAUGCGAGCUUAGCGGAUAUUGUUGAUACUAUAGGAAGUGUAAAUGAAAAAUCGGCUGCUUUAAUUGCAAAAGGAGCCUUGGAGUGCUUAUCAUUUUUCCAUAGAAAAAACAUUUGCUUUGGAGGGCUGGUUCCAGCACAUAUUAUAGUGACGAAAAAAGGGAAUGUAAAAUUCACCCCAAGGCAUGAAAGGUGGCUAAGUGCCCCUUCGAAUGAGCUGGAGGCUGAUAUUUAUGAGCUAGGGUAUAUGAUUUUGAUGAUGCUAAUAGGUGAACUUGAUAUAUUUGAUGUCACUGAAGACAACGACUGCUGCUUCUUGCACUCAAUUCAGCAGCAAUUUUUCCUUUCAAAACUUUCAAUUGAAGCAAGAGAUUUCUUAUGUUUAUGUUUAAAAAGCAGCCCAACAAGUCGAGGCAAGGUGGGAGAUUUGCUUAAUCCUCUCCUUAAAUUUGGGAUGUUUUGGUUUUUGGAAAUUAGCUUAGAUAAAUUUAAUAUUGAAUGGGAAUUUGUAUAGAUGAAAAAAAAUUUUCUAUGUUAUAGCUUUGAUACCAAUUUAAUGAGUUGAUUUUCACAAAAUUACAAAUUUGCCUAUAUAUUUACUCUAUUUUAAAGGGGAGUACUAUUUAUAUAAAAUUCAAAAAUACUGUUUCAAAAUUUUUUCCUUUUAAAAAUUUGAAUAUCACCUUUUUUCAAAAUUGCCUCCUUUAGAUUGGAACAGAUUUUUGCAGAAUCUUGAAGGGGGGCUAAUCAUCCUUGACUUUCCAUGCCACAUUAUAAAGGACCAGAUGUCAAUUUGACUGAAAUUAUUUCUUUAUGCAUUCCAAGUGGUAACAACGCUUUAGAGUCUGCUGAAAAGCAGCUUGAGCAUGUAACCAAAGCCUUAAAGGUUGUGCUUAUGGGGCAGCAUUAUAGAAGUGAGUCUGUUCCUUGUCCGAAGGAACUUGCAGAUGACUUGGGGCUAAGCGUUGACUUUGUUCGUGAUAAAGUGCAUAAAGCUUUUUCCGAACUUUAA